AUGCAAGCCGCCAAUAGUGUUCAAAAACGUCUUGCCAAGGGCGAUGCAAGCUAUGGGGUUUGGCAAAUGCUCCCAGGGUCCAACCUCACAAGGACCAUGUGCCGGUCGGCCGACAAUAUUGACUGGAUCCUAGUUGAUCAGGAGCAUGGAAACAUUUCCGAUGACUCUAUGCAUGAAAUAGUAGCUGCUGCUGCUGCCUGUGGAGUGUCUCCUAUUGUCCGCGUAAUGGAAGGGCAACGCUGGAUGAUCAAGCGAGCCCUGGAUGCUGGAGCACAUGGAAUUCUUGUUCCUAUGCUGGACACUGCAGAAGAGGCCAAGAAAGUUGUUGAAUACUCCAAAUACCCGCCGCUCGGCCGCCGGGGAUUCGAGCCCCUGCUCGCGGUGGACAAGUUUGUUGAGCAGCAUCCCCAUGGCGGUCCGAUCAAACAGCUGACCGGCCUUGAAUAUUUGGCACAGGCCAACAGCUCGCUAGUCAUAGCUGUGCAAAUUGAGACUAUGGAAGGUCUACGAAACGUCAACGAAAUCGCCGAAGUGCCAGGGAUCGAUGUCCUCUUCAUCGGUCCUUUCGACCUGGGCCUCAAUAUCGGACACCCGGUUCCUGCCUCGGGGAAAAUGGCUCAGGAGCUUGCCAAUGCCAUCGAUAAAGUCCAGAAAGCUGCAGCUGCCGCAGGAAAACUCAGUGGCAUAUACUGUGAUACUGGCGAGCAGGCUAGGGGCUACGCCAAACAGGGGUUCAAGAUGAUAAGUGUCAUCACAGACAUGAUUGCUUUACGGAAGGCUUUUAGAGAAAAUUUAGAUGUAUUAUAA